AUGCCCAAGGUCGAAUAUCUAAUUCAUAAGGUCUCACACAAUGGACUGGAGGCGAACCCGAAAGAUCUGUCGGCGUUGACGGAUCUGGCAUUCCCUGGAUCACUUCGAGCUAUGCAGUCAUUUUUGGGAAGUCUGAACUACUAUAGUCGAUUUAUCGAAGACUACGCGAUCUACGCGUCGGUUCUGUAUGAAUUGCGAGAAAUCGACUUUGCUGCGAUGGCGAAAGAGGCUACCCAAGAGUGGAUCCGACAAGUACUGGAAGCAGAAGGCACAGAUCCAAGAUCACAAGAAGAUCGGAACGUCGAUCGCCGAAAGACCUCGGAUCCGGAGCGCCUGAUCCUACCGAGGUGGAUCCGCGCUGGAUCCAUGCCCAUCGGUCCUUCAACGAUUGCUACAACUCCAAUCUUACGACAUUUUGACUCAGAUCGGAAGGCCACAGUGGUGGUAUACGCUAGCGACUGGGCUAUCUCGGGAGCCUUGAUACAAGAAUACGACCAGAUCUACUACCCCGUGACGUUUGCGAGCCGUACUCUGAAGUUGAAUGAGUUAAACUAUGGCAUCACGGAGAAGGAAGUGUUAGCCCUUCUGAGGAUCCUGGAUCUAAAUUACAAUACGUUGGUCGGGCGUCCGAUCCAUGUGCUAAUCCGACACUCAACAUUGGCGUGGCUUUUCAUAUCCACUGCUUUGCAAGGGCGUCUGGGACAAUGGGCCGCUCUGUUGUCGCCUUGGACGCUGGAGAUUACCAAGUGUGUCAAAGGAGAGGACGAGAUCUUGGGAGCACUGGCAGCCAGUAUCACCCCUAGAUCAGAAGUGGAUAAGGUAUUGAUCUCAAUCGCCCCCAAAAAGGAGCCAAGACGUAAGAUCCAAGCUCCGAUCCCCACGAUCAGACGAGAUGAGGAGCUAUAUGCCGUCAGUUUCGAUGGAUCAGCCCGUGUCAAGAGAGGUGGAGGCGCCUACAGCGCGAUCUUGUGGGAGCUGCCCGAACGGAAAGUGUUAAAAUCUAGAUCAGGGUAUGCCGAAGGCUUGACGGUGAAUGAGGCAGAAUACCAUGGGUUGUUACUAUGUCUGGAUCUGUUGGAGGAUCUGGAUCCACAACGUCUGGUGAUCUGCGGAGACUCAAACCUGGUAAUCCGACAAGUGCGAGGAGAAAUUGAUUGUAAGGCACCAGGUCUGACACUGUUACGUCAGCAAGCCUUGGAUCGACUGCGAAAAUGGCCCGAUCAUGAACUAUUGCACGUCAAGCGGGACUGGAAUGGGAGUGCUGACAGCCUAGCAGGAGCUGCUCUACAGCGGCAAUGUGGGAUCGAGAUAAAGUCUGAUGUAGAGAUCUAG